AUGAAGAGAAUAAGUGAUUGCUGUGGUAGCCAAGCCUCCGAAGACUACGAUUUCGUGACAAAUGCUCUGUCGAGUCAGAAAAGAUCUUCGAAAAAUAGUAACUUGAGCACUUCUUAUGUUAUCACCUCCACCCAAAAUACUGAAAAAUCACUUUCCAGAUACUUGGAAGAGUACGGUAACUUCCCACUUCCUGAUUGGAUGACUGCUGCAAUUAUUCGUGAUGUUUCAAAUGCUUUGAUUCAACUUCACAGUAAUCAAGUCAUUCACAGAGUUGUUUCGAUUGAUAAAAUAUUUUUGAUGAAGAAUGAACCAUCAUUUUGUCUUUUGACAAGUAGAGCACACGCUCGAAAAAUUAAUUCUCACAAGUUGAUGGAAUCUCGCGCUGAAGAUAUUUCACUCCUUGGGAAUGUUCUUUUUCGAUGUUUGACUGGACACGAGUUCGGUUCUAUCAACCCAUUAAACACACCGUUUACGAUUUCCAAUGAAGGAAUCAUACUUGCCCAAAAAAUGAUGGCCCGCAAAUUCAGCGAAUCUGUUCAAUACAUUAUCAACCAUCCGUUUAUCGCUGAUAAUACAAAAAUGCCAACUGCCCGAGUGGACGACGACCGUCAAAAGAUGGUCCAUUUGAAACGAGAAGAGGAACCAGGUCGAAAUGAUUCAAUAAUGUUUGCACAUAAAGAAGCUCGGUUAUCUCUAAUUGGUGAUGUUAAUAAAUCCGAGGUAGCCGAAUUAGACAGCGACCAACCGAACAGAAACAACAGGAACUGGGAACGUUGGAUUCUUUUGCUUCUCGUUGCUUCCCUCAACUUCUCGAAUACUAUUUCCUGGAUUUCUUAUGCGCCUGUCGGAAACUAUGUCAAUUCAUUCUACGGUCCAGAAACAGCUACAAGACUCUCAGCCGUGUACCUACUCGUGUCUGUUCCAUUUGGUCUAUGCGGUAUCUGGCUCGGAAGUGUUUCUGGAGUGAAACGUUCUCUCGUUAUGGCUGCUCUUCCAAACGCAUUCGGUGCCAUGAUUCGAGCAUACUCACAUAUGUCUCAUGAUGAAUACCGUUAUUAUUUAGUCAUUUGCGGUCAAACAUUAGCUGCAUUCUCCUAUCCCUUCAUCAUGUUUCUUCCAUCAAAAGUGUCUGAUUCGUAUUUUCCACCUUCCGAAAGGACUCUCGCUACCACAAUCGGAAUUAUGUCGAAUCCGUUUGGAAUUCUUACUGCCAAUUUCUUUGCCCCGCUGCUGGUCCAAUCAUCACAAGACAUUGCAGUUCUGAACAAUUCGCUUUGCGUUCUCUGCGUCGGAGUUCUUGCUCUUGUAUUUUUUUUCUCCUGCAGGGGACUAUCUAACGAGAACAAGAGCGAAUCGAAAGAAAAACAGUACCUGAUCAGCUUCAAGACCUGUUUCACCAAUAUAAACUAUAUAAUUCUGUUCGUAAUCCUUGGUGGAGGAAUCGGAAUGUUCAAUAGUCUCUACACAAUGAUGUUCGAAAUGAUGUGUCCAUCUGGUUACAGUAACCAAAUGGCAGGAUGGUGUGCGGUUAUCAUGAUCACCAGUGGAAUCGUUGGUUCUUUUGUUGCUGGCGUUGUUGUUGACAAGAAAAAAUGCUACAAAGAAGCCAUGAUGUUGUUGAUGAUCGUCGCUGUCACCGCUGGAACUGUUUUCAUUUGGACUACGAAACUACAAGGAGUAGAGGGAACCAUUGGACUGCUCAUGUUUGCAUUCAUUCUUGGUUUUUGUGGUCUUGCCACGUAUCCUGUAGGACUCGAGUUGGCAUUGGAAUGUACGUAUCCAGCGUCACCGGAAGUGUCAUCUGGACUCAUCGUGCUCUUCGGACAAGUAUUCAGCUUAUUUUUCAUUACCAUUUUGAAACUUUAUUCCUACAAAAUUGAUGAAAACGACUAUCGACUCACAAUUGAAGUAUGCCGGGCUACUUCGGAAGAUAAUAAAAACUAUCCAAAAGACUACACUGUUGCAUUCAUUAUCAUCUCAUGUGUCGCGUCUAUGUUCGCUGUUUUGGUUGUAUUCCUUCGCCCCGAAUAUAAACGAUCGGAUUCAGAAAAGAAACAAACAUAUCUUGCUUCUCAAUCAAUCGAAUUCGAAAGAAAAUGCUUUCCCCCGAUCGACAAUCAAGCCAACCACUAA